AUGUAUCAUUGUAUCUACUUCUCUUUCACUCUCCUUCUCACUCUCUAUCUCUUUCACUCUCUAUCUCUUACGCGCUCCUUCUCUUUCACUCUCUAUCUCUUACGCGCUCCUUCUCUUUCACUCUCUAUCUCUUACAUGCUCCUUCUCUUUCACUCUCUAUCUCUUACAUGCUCCUUCUCUUUCACUCUCUAUCUCCUUUUGCAUUCUACUUCACUAUCUCACGUUCAGUGUCUCCAGCUAUCAGUCUCUUUCCGUUCCGUUCAUAUCUUUCUGCCUCUCUCUUUCCCUUCAUAUCUGUCUGCUUCUCUCUUUCCCUUCAUAUCUGUGUGCCUCUCUCUUUCCCUUCAUAUCUGUCCGCCCCUCUCUUUCCCUUCAUAUCUGUCCGCCCCUCUCUUUCCCUUCAUAUCUGUCCGCCCCUCUCUUUCCCUUCAUAUGUCUGCCUCUCUCUUUCCGUUCAUAUCUGUCUGCUUCUCUCUUUCCGUUCAUAUCUGUCCGGCCCUCUUUUUCCCUUCAUAUGUCUGCCCCUCUUUUUCCCUUCAUAUGUCUGCCCCUCUCUUUCUGUUCAUAUCUAUCUUUUUCUUCUCUCUGUGUCUUCUCUUUUCAGAACUGAUUUCAUUCCGUCCCCAUUCAUUUCUUUAA